CCAGGUUUUCAUCAUCGAGAACUAGUUCAAUAUCCUAGUAUACCUUAAUAAAUAAUUUAAGAUACUAUGAUGAGAGCACGGUUCCCAUUACUGUUGCUGGGACUUGUUUUCCUGGCUUCAGUUUCUGUCUCAUUUGGCAUUGCUUACUGGGAAAAAGAGAACCCCAAACACAACAAGUGUCUCCAGAGUUGCAAUAGCGAGAGAGACUCGUACAGGAACCAAGCAUGCCACGCUCGUUGCAACCUCCUUAAGGUGGAGAAAGAAGAAUGUGAAGAAGGUGAAAUUCCACGACCACGACCACGACCACAACACCCGGAGAGGGAACCUCAGCAACCCGGUGAGAAGGAGGAAGACGAAGAUGAGCAACCACGUCCAAUCCCAUUCCCACGCCCACAACCUCGUCAAGAAGAAGAGCACGAGCAGAGAGAGGAACAGGAAUGGCCUCGCAAGGAGGAAAAACGCGGAGAAAAGGGAAGUGAAGAGGAAGAUGAGGAUGAGGAUGAGGAACAAGAUGAACGUCAAUUCCCAUUCCCACGCCCACCUCAUCAGAAGGAAGAGCGAAAGCAAGAGGAAGAUGAGGAUGAGGAGCAGCAGCAAGAGAGCGAAGAAAGUGAAGAUUCUGAGUUACGAAGACAUAAGAAUAAGAACCCUUUUCUCUUCGGCUCUAACAGGUUCGAAACUCUCUUCAAAAACCAAUAUGGUCGCAUUCGCGUCCUCCAGAGGUUCAACCAACGCUCCCCACAACUUCAGAAUCUCCGAGACUACCGCAUUUUGGAGUUCAACUCCAAACCCAACACCCUCCUUCUCCCCAACCAUGCUGACGCUGAUUACCUCAUCGUUAUCCUUAACGGGACUGCCAUUCUUUCCUUGGUGAACAACGACGACAGAGACUCCUACAGACUUCAAUCUGGUGAUGCCCUGAGAGUCCCCUCAGGAACCACAUACUAUGUGGUCAACCCUGACAACAACGAAAAUCUCAGAUUAAUAACACUCGCCAUACCCGUUAACAAGCCUGGUAGAUUUGAGAGUUUCUUCCUAUCUAGCACUGAAGCUCAACAAUCCUACUUGCAAGGAUUCAGCAGGAACAUUUUAGAGGCCUCCUACGAUACCAAAUUCGAGGAGAUAAACAAGGUUCUGUUUAGUAGAGAGGAAGGGCAGCAGCAAGGGGAGCAGAGGCUGCAAGAGAGCGUGAUUGUGGAAAUCUCGAAGGAACAGAUUCGGGCACUGAGCAAACGUGCCAAAUCUAGUUCAAGGAAAACCAUUUCUUCUGAAGAUAAACCUUUUAACUUGAGAAGCCGCGACCCCAUCUACUCCAACAAGCUUGGCAAGUUCUUUGAGAUCACCCCAGAGAAAAACCCCCAGCUUCGGGACUUGGAUCUUCCUCAGUAUUGUGGAUAUGAACGAGGGAGCUCUUCUUCUACCACACUUCAAUUCAAAGGCGAUAGUGAUACUGGUAUUAAUGAAGGAGAUGCAAACAUUGAACUUGUUGGCCUAAAAGAACAACAACAGGAGCAGCAACAGGAAGAGCAACCUUUGGAAGUGCGGAAAUAUAGAGCCGAAUUGUCUGAACAAGAUAUAUUUGUAAUCCCAGCAGGUUAUCCAGUUGUGGUCAACGCUACCUCAAAUCUGAAUUUCUUUGCUAUUGGUAUUAAUGCCGAGAACAACCAGAGGAACUUCCUCGCAGGUUCGCAAGACAAUGUGAUAAGCCAGAUACCUAGUCAAGUGCAGGAGCUUGCAUUCCCUGGGUCUGCACAAGCUGUUGAGAAGCUAUUAAAGAACCAAAGAGAAUCCUACUUUGUGGAUGCUCAGCCUAAGAAGAAAGAGGAGGGGAAUAAGGGAAGAAAGGGUCCUUUGUCUUCAAUUUUGAGGGCUUUUUACUGAAUAAGUAUGUACUAAAAUGUAUGCUGUAAUAGCUCAUAGUGAGCGAGGAAAGUAUCGGGCUAUGUAACUAUGACUAGAGCUUCAACUAUGAAUAAAUAAAUCGACAGCAUAUGAUGCUUUUGUUUUGUGUCCUUC